AUGGCGGCAACAGUGGUACGUUUGUUCUUCCUCCUACCUCUGGCCAUGUCCCUGACCUUCUUCAACCUCAAUCCAUGCGAAGCAACAAGGGCUCGUCUUGACCUUAUUGCCAGCACUUGCAAAAACUCUGUGUUCAAGUCCCUGUGUGUACAUACCCUACGCUCCAAUGCCAAAAGCAGUAAUGCAGAUCUCAAGGGCUUGGCGUCCAUCACAAUCGAGAACACACUGGCCACCGCAACCACCACAUCUAACCACAUAACCAUCUUACUCAACGCCACCCCCACCGCCACCGCUGACCUAUUCACUCACCAAUGUCUCUCCGAUUGUAGCCAGAGCUACGUUAACGCCAUUAAUCAACUCAAGGGUAGCCUCGUUGCUUUGGGUAACGGAAACUACAAUGAUGUCAGCAUAGCCCUCUCUGUUGCCAUGUCGGCUGUGGAGCUUUGUGAGGAAGGGUUCUCGUCAGAUUCAGGCCAUGUCUCGGUGCUGAAAGACACUAAUUCCAAAUUUACUCAGCUUUGCAGUAAUGCUUUGGCGAUUACCAACAAUUUGGCUGGACCAGGAUUUUCAGUUUAA